UGCUAGCAGGCCGGGCGGCCGCCGAGCCGGGCGUCUGCCCCGCCGUCUGCUCCUGUGAGGACGGCGCCGUCGUCUGCUCCAACGCCGGUCUGAGCAGGCUCCCCGACCGGCUGAACGGCACCGGUGUCACCACCCUGGACUUGAGCAACAACAACUUCCAGGGAAUUCCAUCCGACUUGUACAAAACUUUUCCGUCUCUCCAAAAGCUUGAUCUCAGUCAUAACAGAAUUGAAAAGGUCCCAGGACGCGUAUUCAAGAGACUGCCUCUUCAGUCACUCUCGCUCGCCUGGAAUGAUGUGCAGGCGCUGGCGCCGGACGCGCUGGAGGGCCUGCUGCAGCUCACUGAAGUAGACGUCUCAUACAACGCCAUCGAGUCGGUGUCGGGUCAGCUGUUCAGGUCGCAGUACCAUAUGCACGACCUGGUGCUGCGUCACAACCGGGUCCAGGAGCUGCCCGGAGACACGUUCAUCGGCCUCACGCGUCUGCUGAUCCUAGACCUGCGGCACAAUGAGGUGGCCUCGAUCGCUGAGGACGCGUUCGUGCCACUGGUGCGCCUGCAGCGGCUCAACCUCAACAGCAACCGCUUCCCACGCCUGCCGCACCGCGGCUUGGAGCACCUGCUCCACCUGCACUGUAGCAACAUCGCCGAGCUGCGCGAGUUCCCGGAGCCGAAGCAGCUGCCGCAGCUGCACAGCGUCGAGGUGUCUUACGCUUACCAUUGCUGCCAAUUCCGUGGCCUCAAGGCGCCGCGUAACGAGACGCUGAGCCAGGUCCAGGAGCGCGUCAUCUUCCCCAGCGGGGACCAGCUGGACUUCAGCGCCUGGAGCGAGAACUUCACCGACACCUGGCCCGAGUUCCCUAACCUGUCCGACACGCUUGGAGAGCUUGGCAAGACCCUGCUGCGGGACUUCGAAAUGUCGCCGCCGGCUGACGAGAGCGACAGCGGUCACGCCGACUCGGACGAGCCGCUGCUGUUCGUCUCGGGCGGGGGCGGUGACCUCAAAUGUUCACCGGCGCCAUCUCCCUUCAUGCCGUGCGAGGACCUGUUCGACUGGUGGACUCUACGCUGCGGGGUCUGGGUGGUCUUCCUGCUGGCACUCCUCGGCAACGGCACCGUCGUAUUCGUGCUCAUCUUUGCCCGCAGCAAGAUGGACGUGCCGCGCUUCCUGGUCUGCAACCUGGCCGCCGCCGACUUCUUCAUGGGCGUGUACUUGGGGUUCCUGGCCGUGGUGGACGCCUCGACGCUGGGUAAAUUCCGCAAGUACGCCAUCGCCUGGCAGAUGUCGGCCGGCUGUCAGAUGGCCGGCUUUCUCGGCGUGCUCAGCUCCGAGCUGUCCGUCUACACGCUGGCCGUCAUCACCAUGGAGCGCAACUACGCCAUCACGCACGCCAUGCACCUCAACAAGCGGCUCUCCAUCAAGCAUGCCAGCUACAUCAUGGCAUGCGGCUGGACGUUCGCGCUGGUGAUGGCGCUGCUGCCGCUGGUGGGUGUCUCCGACUACCGCCGCUUCGCCGUCUGCCUGCCCUUCCAGACGGCCGGCGCCGGCACCGGCUACGUCGUCUUCCUCAUGUUCGUCAACGGGCUGGCCUUCACCAUCCUGAUGGGCUGCUACUGGAAGAUGUACUGUGCGAUCCGCGGCAGCCAGGCCUGGAACUCCAACGACUCGCGCAUUGCCAAGAGGAUGGCUCUGCUGGUGUUCACCGACUUCCUGUGCUGGGCGCCGAUCGCCUUCUUCGCCGUCACGGCCGCGUUCGGCGUGCGCCUCAUCGGCUUGUCGGGUGCCAAGGUCUUCACCGUCUUCAUCCUGCCGUUCAACUCGUGCUGCAACCCGUUCCUCUACGCCAUCAUGACGAAGCAAUUCAAGAAGGACUGCGUCAUGAUCUGCAAGGCGAUCGAGGAGUCGCGCGUCACGCGCGGCAUCGGCCGCUGCCGGCACAGCAGCAACUUCAGCAACCGACACACGCCGGCCAACACCAACAGCCUGGCCGACCGCGCCUCCAAGGAGAGCAAGGAGAGCGCCCAGUGCAGCUGCAGCCAGCGCCUGCUCUGCGACACAGCCAAGGCGCCGCCGCCCAGCCGCUGGGCCACAUUCCGCGCGCUCUGGUGUCCCACUCCGGCCAAGGAGCAAAUGGACUCGAGCAACGACUACGCCUACCAGAUAGCCGAGAUCCAGAAGAACCAGGAAAAGAACAAGCGGAACGCCAGCCUGUCGAGCGAUAACUUCAGCUCGUCCCGCUCCGACUCCCUGCGCCAGCAGAACGGCGCGCACAGCCACCCGCCCAGCCGCCGGCGCAAUUCGUGGACGGUGACGCGCAAGCCGUCGCAGGACUCCAACCUGAGCAGCUCGCGCAACGACUCGUCGGCCACGGCCGGCUCCAAUACGACGCAGUCGUGGCGGCUGAGCCGCUCCAGCGUGUCGAGCGACAUGAGCAGUUCGGCGCUGCUGCGCGGCCAGGGCAGCCUGCACAAGCCGGCGCUGGCCGAGGCGGUCGAGCGCGCCGGCAGCCUGCGCGGCCGCCCGCUCCGGCCGGCCGUCGUGCGCCAGAACUCCGGCAUCGUGCUGGCGCACCCGCUCCCGCACCCGCUGCUCAAGCAGGCGUCCAGCGGCAUCCUGAAGCCGAAGCCGAAGCUGACGCGGCAGAUCGCCUUCUCGGACGAAGCAGCGCAGGCGGCGGCGGCGGCCGGCGCCGGCACGCUCACGCCCGGGCGCCACCACGAGAGCGGGUGCCCGCUACACUGCGCCGACCCGCCGCCGCCGCAGCGCCACACGCGCUUCCACAACGUCUACAGCAAGCUCACCGAGUCUAGUCAGGAGGAGUCGUCGGGCGUGGAUGAUGGCAUGGCGCAGGACGACAGCGAGGGCGGCGCGGUAGGCGGCGCCGUGGGCGGGAUGCUCGGCGGCGGCGGCGGCGGUGCCAGCAGCGUACCAGUCCAGGUGAAGGUGGAGGGUCGCAAGGUCGGCCUCACUGUUGCCUUCGUGCCGCGCAAACUCAGUACAAUCUCCUCGCAGAGUUACAGUCUGCAGCAGGAUAGCCACAGCAACCUGAGCCAAGUGUGCGCGGAGCCGGGGCCGGUGAACUCGCUGGCCGCGCCGUCUGCCGGCGCCAUCGAGAAGGCCCACAGCGCCGGUGACGUGCGCACGCCGCCGGCGCGACCGCGCGGCUUCUCCUCCGACUCGUGCAUCCUCCGACGAGCGGAGGUGGCGAUGGCGGCGGGCUGCCUCACCGGCGAUGAGGGCUUCGACGACAUUGACGACUUCGACGAGGAGGAGGGCGCGUCGGCGAGCGCCCGUCGGGAGCAGUCGGUGCCGCUGUUGCGGGAGGCGCGGCCCUCCACGCCAGCCACGCCCCGCAGCAGCCCCAGCCCGACGGUGGACGCCUGA